GUCAAUUUGUAAAUUGGAAUGUCACGAAAUUUUUUUGUAGUAGUAAUUUAUUUUAAAAAUAUGAAAAAGAAUUAUAAAACUGACAAUAUAUCACAUAUUGAAUAAACAAUUUAUCGAACCAAAUACAUAUCGUUAAAAGUAGUAAAAUACAAAAUGGUCAUGGAAAACAGUCGUAAUUGUUCCCGGAAAGAAACCCAAACAUAAACUGAAGAUAGAAGAAUAGAAAUAGAAAAUUCAUUGAAUAAUAUAACUUUAGAAGCACCACUGAGAUAAAAAAUAAAAGGGGCUCAAAUUAAUAAAAAAAAAGUAGCAAGCCUGAGGUAGACAUACUCUUAAAAUAAUCGAGGGUGAAGAUGCUGACAUAAAAGAUUACCCUUAUAUGGUAGCUUUUCUGCAGGAUAAUGCCACAAUGUUUUUAUGCGGAGCUGCUAUUAUCAACGAAAACACUUUACUGACAGCAGCACACUGUUUCUUUUAUGAGAAUCCAUAUACAGCAACGAUUACCUAUGGCGCUACGAUAUAUUAUGAGGGCACAAAAAGAAAUAUCUCUAAAGCAUUUAUACACCCAAAUUUUACUGGAGAGUAUGCUUCCACAAAUGAUAUUGGAGUAUUGAAGAUUGACCCUCCUCUAGUUUUUAGUGAAACCGUCCAACCAAUUAAGUUGCCGCAAAGUAAUACGCCAAAUCCAGAAGGAAAAAUUGCAAAUUUUGCAGGAUGGGGUAUAAGUAGUUUUGAUUUAUUUCACCAAACAAUAAAACUCCAAAAAGUAAAUCUGACAAUAGUCGAUAUGAAAACAUGCGUAGAAAUUUAUAAGAAUACUGAUACUCCGCUGGACCCAGAGACGCAAAUAUGUGCACAGGCUGAUAUGUCUGACGGUAAAAUGAGAGGAGCAUGUUAUGGAGAUUCAGGUAGUCCACUAGUUGUUGAUGGAGUAACAUAUGGAAUUACUUCAAAAUGCCCUGGUGGAUGUGGAAAUGCGACAACCCCAACAAUCUACACGAGGGUUGCCGGUUAUUUAGACUGGCUUUCAGAUAAACUAUAAAUAUGUAAUUUUAAACAUUUUUGACUAAAUUAAAAUAUUUUAUUUAUCUUAAA